AUGCCUAUCGCUGUCAACCAAAAUACCAACAAAGACUCUCGAGGUGUCCCCUUUGCCCUCGCUCGAAGCACUCGAGAGCGACUCGAGUCUGCGGGCAUUGACCUCUCUAAGGGUUACCCAGAGUACCCUCCCAAGCCCAAGAACAUUGAGACUGCCAAUGCCAUUCGACGAGAAGGCUGGGAGCACAACGACCCUGGAUCGCGAGCGGACAAGGACAAGAAGGCCUUGUUCGGUGCUGCCAAGGAGGUCAUCCACUACUCUCCUUACCUCGGUACCGAGAUUGUCGGUCUCCAGCUGAACCAGCUCAGUGACCAGCAAAAGGACGAGCUUGCUCUCUUGAUUGCCGAGCGAACCAUCGUCCUCUUCCGAGACCAGGACCUCACUCCCCAGCAGCAGCUCGAGCUUGGUCACUACUUUGGUGUCCCCGAAGUGCACCCUACUGCCGCUCGUGUCCCCAACCUUCCUGGUGUCUCCAUCAUCACUGAUGAGAUUGCCCGUACCAACGGCCUCAUACCCGACUACAAGAGCCCCUUCCCUACACAAAAGUGGCACACUGACUUGACUCACGAGCCCCAACCUCCUGGAGUCACCCACCUCCACCUCGACCACCUCCCUGGUAUUGGCGGUGACACCCUCUGGGCUUCUGGCUACGCUGCUUAUGACAAGCUUUCGCCCGCCUUCCAGAAGGUCCUUGACGGUCUUGAGGGAUUGUAUCGAAGUGCCCACUCGUACACCAACCCCGAGACCGGCAAGUCCGAGCCCAUCGUCAACGCCCACCCUCUCGUCCGUGUCCACCCCGUCACCGGCUGGAAAGCCCUGUUCGUCAACAGCCGAUACACUGUCGGUAUCAAGGGCUUCGAGUACUCUGAAUCUCAAGCCAUCUUGAAGAAGCUUUUCCAGGUGUAUGAGCAGAACACGGAUAUCCAGACUAGGAUUAGAUGGUCGCCUCGCACAAGUGUUCUUUGGGACAACCGUGUUUCUAUUCACUCUGCUGUGUACGACUAUCUCGAUGAGGGAUCGUCCGAGCCCCGUCACGGUACCCGAGUUAGCAGUCUUGCCGAAAAGCCCGUCCCCGUCAGCGACGGUGUCGGUAAGAGUCGACGAGAAGCCCUGGGUCAAGACACUGGUAAAGUCCAUGAGCUGGAGAGGGACACGCAUAGUUAUUAA